GGUGGUGGUGGUGGUGGUGGUGGUGGUGGAGGAGGAGGAGGAAGGGUUGCUGGUGGAGGUGGCGGUGAUGGUGGGAGUGUUGCUGGUGGUAGUGGUGGUGGUGAUGGUGGUAAAGUUGAUGGUGGAGGUGGUGGUGUUGGAGGAAGAGUUACUGGUGGAGGGAUUGGGAGAGUUGCUGGUGAAGGUGGUUGUGGGGGAGGAAUCGCAGAUUGGCUGCCUGGCAUUGGAACUACAACAACUGGAAUGGCACACGCUUGACAGCAGCUAUUAGUG